AUGGCUUCAACUUCUUGCAAAAACAAUGACAUAUGGUCAUGGAUCCAAAAUCUUCCACCAUCAACUCAAUGGAACAAAGAUUCCAUGUCAAUAUGUAUAUACUCAUCAAACACAUCCUUAGCAACUCUUAACCUAAACAUAACAAAAAACAUAACAAAACACCCAUCAACCCAAUCAAUUUCCUUAGCUCUUUUUGCUAACUUUAACAUCCCAAUUUCACUUUGGAUCUCAAAACCAUUUCAUGUAUCAAAAACAUCCCCAAACAUCCUAAGUGAUGAAAACACAACAAGCAUUCUCAUAUCAAGUUUUAUCCAAGAUGUUCUAGAGUAUGGAUCAACAAAACAAACAUGCCCUAUAAACAUACAAGACAUAAGUCCUCAAUCUAACUUACAACACAUCUUCAAUGUUUCAUUCCUUACACUUGCUUUCAUAGUUUGCAUAUACGAAGCGCCUUUCGAUCUUCGAUUUGAUUGCCUUAGAUCUAUAAAAGACGAGUUAUCAACUUCUCAAGCUCGCGAAUCUUUUAAGCUACUCAUAAGGCUUUUAGGAUCAAGCAAUGAGGAGCAAUGGAUGAGAUGCCUAAAUCUUGGUGUCACAAAUUGGAAAAUGGCACUAAAGGCAGCUAAUUGUGUACUUAAAGGACCUUGUCCAUUGUUUUCUCAUGGGUUUUCAACUCUUGGGUUAUGGAAAGUUCAACUAUAUUGUCCUAUUAUAACUAUGGAAAUUGAGAACACAAAUGGUUUAGUUGAUGAGCGUUUAGAAUUUUCUUUAAACUAUCACCAACUUGAGGGUGUCAUACAACUCAAUUAUAAAGUUAUUGUAAGAGAUGAAUGGAUUGAAGUGAUGGUAAACAUUGAUAAUAUAAGGCUAGAUGUGAUUCGACUAAUAAAUGAAAAACUCCUACACAAUCGAGGAGCAGGGACAUCAGAAAAACACUUCCCAUCAAGAAUCUCCCUCAAACUAAGCCCAUGUCCAUCACCACAAAUCAAGAUCCUUAGCAUAUCAGUAAACAAAUCUUCCGAGAAUCCCACAAAGGAAAUCGGUCUAGAGAAGACAAUCGAAGGUUCGUUCGAGCCAUUACACAAAGUCGGACUCAAUAUAUCAGCAGGCGAAUCGACAACAACCGCCUUCACACCCUGGAAAUUCGAGGAAACUGUGAAGGGUGACAGUGGUGGUUUGAACUGGUUUUUGUAUGACAGUAAAGAUGGGUCUGAAGUGUUUUCAUCUAAGCCUUCUAUAUUGACAUUGUUUAAGCCUAAGGCUUGGUUUAGGCAUCGAUAUUCGAGUGCGUACCGAGCAUUUACUAGACAGGGUGGGGUGAUAUUUGCUGGUGAUCAGUAUGGGCAGACUGUGUGUUGGAAGGUGGAUAGGUCUGUUCUUGGGAAGACAUCAAUGGAAUGGGAGAUUGCUGGGUGUAUUGGGUUGACAUAUUGGCCUAAUAGGUAUAGGACAUUUUAUAAUGAGACUAGGAGGGCUGAGUUUAGAGAAAUUUUGCACCUUGAUCUUGUGUAGAAUUGUGGGUAAAGUCAGAAUCAGAGUCAUCAACUUUGUAUCCCGCACAAAUUAAGGUUCGGGGGAGGAGGUUAAUAAACAGAUCAUAUUUGUGCUCCCUCCAAGGAAACGUCAAGGAUAAAUGCACGCACUCAACUUAUCUUAAAAUGAUAGGUUCCUCCAAGAGAAUUAUAGAUGAUCUGUGUAGCACGUGCAAAGCACUAAUGGUAGGCUUCUUGUUUAAUUUUUCUCAAGGAUAGCACGUGCUAACCUAGGUCAUAAUAUAGAUCCGCCUAUGGACGUAGAUGAAGGUUGACAAGCUCGUGAGGAGGUUGAGUUACUAACCCUAGAGAUGAAGCGGAGUUGAAAGUUCUUCUAUGCAUGCCUACUAUUGAUUAGUCUUUGUUGUAUGAUAUGAUGGACACAAUGUAUAGGAGCUUUACCUAAUAAAAGAGAAGAUUGCUUUAAUUAGUCCACCAUAGUCCAUAGUAU